AUGUCGUUUGAUCGAUCUCGAUCCAACAGCAGCAACAGCACCCAUUCAACUACUUCAAAAGCACGCCGACAACGACGUCCGUUCGCCUUCAUUGCACCUGUGCCAGGAUUAGGCCCCACCGUUCAACAGCGAUCAGUAAGACGUACACGAGCAAAGCAGAGCUGUGAUUCAUGUCGACGGCGAAAAACACGUUGCAAUGCCGAUGAGACGUUUCCAUGUAGCACGUGUGUCGGUCUUGGCGUUGAAUGUCACCUUUCAGAGCAAAAACGACGAGGACCUGUACCAGUGACAUACGUUGAAGCACUUGAAGAUCGCAUCAAACGACUCGAAGAGAUGUUAACCAAUGAUGACAACAACAAACGAGAGAGCGGUGACCAUGCGAUUGAAGGUAGCAGCAGCAGUAAUGAUCAUGAAAAGGCAGUGAAAGCGAGACCAUCAGCAUCUUCAUCCACCAUCAGCAACAACGAAGCAACUUCGAAUGUGGCACGUGCAGCAUCGUCGGAUUCACUCGCCGAUGAUCUCAACAGUCUCAAAUUAUCAGAUUACAACACCACCUUGUAUAUCGGUUGUAGUGCGGGCUACUACAUGUUGGAUCAAGAGGCUUUUGUCAGUAAACGUGGAGGUCAUAUUGAUCAUCGAGAGAUUGUACAAAAAGUCAACGAUGAACAGGAUGAGCACGUCAUUAUCAAAUCGGGUGGGAGCGAACAUCAGCCAUGCCCUUCAUCCAGCCCAGCUAGUCUACGUGGUGGUUGUGGUAUUGGUGAUACUUCCGGAUCGACAUGCCAACAACGACGAUUUGAACCCUUUGCUGAUAUACCCAACAUGACAUUGGAAUUGGCAGAUUCCAUGAUUGAAUUGUACUUUCGUUAUGUUCACGUGGCAGCUCCUCUCGUCAACAAGAUUGGUUUCCUUGAACAGUACUACUUUCAAAACCCACAACCACCCGAUGAAUACCUAUUGUACACCAUUUGCGCCGUCGCUUGUCAUUUCAUGAUCAAGGAAAAGGAUCUCAACACAAGAUACAAGAUCACCGUGGAUACCAUUCGCUCAUUACAUCAAUGCUUCCAAGCAAGAGCACAAAAGUUACUCGAGACUGUUUUUCGACGAUCCAAACUUUCCACCGUAUCGGCCCUGGUACUAUUGGCUUCAUUUGUUAACAUGUCUCAGGAUGAGGAUGAUGAUCGAUUACAAUGGUUUAUGUGUGGAACAGCUCAAGAUCUGGGACUUCAUCGUAGUUCGGCAAGGUGGCGCCUUCCUGAGCAUGAAAUUGAGUUACGCCGACGUAUAUGGUAUUGUGCCUACAUUCUAGACCGUGAGAUUUCUGCCGAGUUGGGACGACCGUUGACCAUUUUGGAGGAUGACUAUGAUGUGGAGCUACCAUCGCCUUAUGAGACACCUUGCAGUUAUGGAAGCCAUACGAGGGACGUGGAUGAGAAUGAGCCGAUCCCAAGCCUUCUUUUGGAAGCAUAUGAAGAUUUACGUGAGCGACGUCCAAUUUACAGCUUGUUUAUUUGUUACAUGCCUCUUUCUCGAAUCCUUGGACAAAUUCUGGGCUACUUUUAUUCUGCCAAGGUGCAACCCAGUGAGCGGAAUGACAAGAUUGAUGUUGCCAAACGACUGUCACAUGAGAUGGAUGAGUGGGCAAGGGAUGCACAAGAUCGAUUGGAGCAUUAUCCUGUCACUGCGGCCCCAGAUAGUUACCCCACCAAAGAUGAAUUCUUGAACAUGUAUUAUCAUUGUCUUAAGCUUUUGAUCUAUCGCUCGUUUAUUUCGGAUCGAGAUACGUUCAAUAUCGACUUUGCAUUACACGCCCUCAGUGCAUGUAUGACAUCAGCCAUUGCCAUUGUGGAUGGUGUCGAGAGGAUGGAAGCUAUUGGACCUACAGGCAUGCCAUGGAAUUUUAUAUGCUAUGCUAUUUUCCAAUCAGCCAUCAUGUUCUUAUUCAAUGUCAAGGGUGAAGAUGAGUUUUUACGGCAAUUGGGAGCCAAAAACCUUGCACGUUGUGCCAACAUUUAUGCAAGAGAUGAUGAAUUACGUGGGAGUCGACCUGCACAAGUGCUCAUGUCAUUGGCAGCCAAAUAUUCAGUUCCAGUGGAUACAAGUAGUGAAGGCUCAUUUAUGAACAUGAUGAACAGCGGUAGCCUAGCAACGUCGACGCCAACAGUGUUUCCUGCAACACCAUCACCAUCGCCCUCAUUACUUGUCAAUGGUGCCACGACACGAGCUAGUCAAAGCCCUGAUUCAAACGUGGUGUAUGUAGAUGUACCUGUGCAACAACAACCGUAUGCAGCAUCUAAUGCAAUCAACAUGCACGCGCCUCCUCCUCCUCCUCCAUCCAUGAGUGAAUUUAAUUCACAACAAGCUCCCAUGGUGAUGAAUUCAGCAGCGCCACAAUCCUCCAUUCCCAUGACUCCUGGUACAGCAGCAGCAGUUCCUAUGAGCGAUGUGCAAUUUGAUAUUUCUGGUUUAUCAUCCGAGUUGUCUCUUUGGGAAUUCCCAACAGCCAUUACGUGGAACGAAUGGAAUCCAUAUUUGCAUGAACAACAGCAGUAG